AUGUGUCCAUUUCGAGACUAUAACAAAGCAGUCGAGAAUUUGAAACGUUUAGUCAUUUAUGUCGACUCUGCCCCAGAAUGUUAUGUUAUGAAAGAAUGGGAUGUUGUCUUUAACAAACCAAGAGCAACAAUAGUUUCAGAACAAGAAUGUAGACAGAAACUUAAGAAAAUAAAAGUUGUACAAGUUGGAAUGAAGAUGUUAGAUGCUUGGGAUAUCUUAUUGUCAAAGUUAGAAGAUUUUUCAGUUCGAGGUAUAAAGUUCUAUACACCUUCUCCAAACUUCUAUUCUAUCUUCACUGGAUAUAAAUAUGAACAAGUAGAAUGGAAAGAAAAUAUUAUAGAAGCUUGGUUAGACCAUGUCAAAGAAAUUAUAUGCAAUGGAAACGAAAAGGUUUAUGAGUAUAUCUUAUGUUGGUUUGCAAACAUCUUACAACAUCCAAGUGCUAAAAAUGAAACUGCUCUCAUUAUAAUUGGAAAACAAGGAACUGGUAAGAACACAUUCUUUACAGAUAUUUUGUGCAAACUGUUAGAGGGCUAUUCGAACCCGAAUAUGACAAACUUAGAAAACAUCUGCGGUAAGUUUAACUCCUCAAUAGAGAAUAUGAAACUUAUAGUAUGUAACGAACUUCAAA